UAUCUGUGGCCUGCAGUAUGCGUCUGCAGCGCCUCGCGAUCGCCGCAAAGCUGAUGCUGGGCUGGUGUCCGAAGCGACGCUGCCGCCGCGGCGCGCGGCGCGUCGGCGAGCGUCGGCCCGACAUGCCGCAACGUCACCGAGCUCGCCGAGCGCCAGCCGCCAUCAGCGCCAGCAUCGUCAGGGUACCGGCGUGCCGCCGACAACCGAUGGAGCAUCAGCCGGGAGGCUGCAGGGGUGGAGCGCACCGUCGACACAGUGCAGCAUUCUCAUGUGCCCGCACCCGCUCAGCACGUGCUUUGGCCCAAUGCGUCCUCCAAAGAUGUCAGCGAUCGUGCGCCGAAGGGCGCUCGUCCAGGUCGCUCGGCCCACGCCGGACGUUGCCCUUCCCGCGCUUGAUGCGCCCGUCGUGGCUUCGUUGCAGGACGUGCCGGCGGCGAGCCCGGCGCUCGCCGCUCUCGGCUCGGCUGUCAAGAGGCCCUGGGCGGUGCGCCUAUCACGGCCGCUCUCUCUCGCGGCUGCAGCGGGAGGAAGCUUUCAUGCUCCCUCCCCGUGCGUGCGCCGGCCGGCGUGUCAUGCGCUGACACCGACAAGCCACGGAGGCGGAGGGCAUGCGUGCAGCUCCCGUCUUGCCCGGUGCGACACGGGGAGGUGAGCAGGCCGUCAUGCGUCCAUGCUCUUACUGCUGCAUGUGGCAGUGAGCAUGCCGCCCACGGCAGGGGCGAGGGCGCGCUUCGCCGGGCUUGCGUCGAGCGACCCACCGAUCGCUUCGCUUGAGACGGCGGCGGCCGACGCUGCGCACCAUGGAAGGCGGCCUGUGCAAGCGGGACAGGUGCCUCUGGCGGCUAUAGAGAUGAUAGCUUGACCGGCGGCUCUCCCGGCGCUGCAUGCUCUUCCUUCCUUGUGACAGCGGGGUCCGGGG